GAGAGAGAGCGAGAGAGAGAGAGACAGAGAAAGAGAGAGACAGAGAGAGAGAAAGAGAGAGACAGAGAGAAUGAAUAUGGGUGGAGCACCGUGAGGGAUCAUUGAAGCAAAUUAAAGAGGAGAGAGUUGAGGGAGCAGGCGAGAGAGAAAAACAACUGAUUUGCUGAGCUGAGCUUGUGCCCGACUGAGAGGAAAAAUACACCCACCUCCCUCUGCAGCACAAGCAGCCCCCCCGCAGCAGCUUGCAGGGACUGAAAGAGAGAGGGGGAGUGAGAGAGUGAGUGAGAGAGUGAGAGAGCCAUGCCUGCUGCUGCUGCUAGAGUCAGUGUUGCUGCGUCACUGCUGGCAGGGCUGUUGUUAGGCCUGUCAGCCCCAGCACGGAGCCAGGCGGAGACGGAUCCAGAGUUCUCCCUCUGCAGGCGCAGCUUCUACCGGGAGACGCCCCCCCAGGGACCUGCCGGCGCAGGGCUGAUCCAGAGCUGCCACAGCCUGCCGGGAGCUCGACACUUUGCCUCCCUCUACAACUCCACCUGUGGGGCCAGCAUCUACUCUGCCUUCUGCCUGAGUCAGGAGAGCAACUGGGGAGAGCAGCAGAGCGAAAGACAGACUGAAGAUGAUGGGGAAGGCUCCCGUGUGGAGAGCCCACUUGACUCUGAGGUGCUCAUCCCCGCUCUCCUGGGUGGGGGAGGGGGCCCGAGCGAGGGCCAUAAUGCAGCUAAUCCGGCCCCCCCUGCGUGGGACGUGCUGAUCUCCAGGCUGGUGAGAGAGGCGGCAGUGCUGCGGUGCUCCGACGCUGGCGCCACCGAGGGAGCCGAUCUGUUUGUGCUGACCGGAGCCGCUGGCCUGAGCGAGGGGGAGGAUGGAGGCUGCCAGGUGGACAUGCUGUGGUCAGCGGUGUGCUGCGCCUCCCCAGAGGAGGGAGGAGGAGGAGGAGGAGGAGGGGGGGAGGAGAGCCGAGGCUUCAGUGUGGGGGUGGUGAAGGGGAAAGGGGAGGAGGAGAGGGUGGUAAGCGUGCAGGAGCUGGGGGAGGUCACUGGGGUGGCUGCGGUCUUCACGGGGUUCUGCGGAGAGGCAGAGGGUGACGAAGAUGUGAUGGCGCUCUUCGUAGAGAAACUGGAGGCCUUGAGAAGGGACAUGCAGACGACAGACACAGAAUCAGAGGAGGGGGCUUCAGAAAACACAGAGGGAGAACAGGCAGGGGGAGACACCGGAAGUGAUGAUAUGCCAGAGGUCACUGAGGAGGAAGUGAUGUCAGCGAGUCAAAGAGAGGCCCAAGUCAAUUCCGUCCCCUUAGAUGACAGUGAUGAGCCUCAGGACGCUCUGGAGAUGGAAAAUGAAACCCACGGCUCGGGGUCUUUCGUCGGCGGGGCGCUGAUGUACGUCCUCUCCUCCUCCGUGUCACUCCUCUCCGCCCCUCUCCGUCCAGUCGUCUCCACCCUCACCGGCCUCCCCGGCCAGGUGACGUACAUCUUAGGGGAGGACAUGGCCGCGUUGUCCGCAGUACCCAGCGGCACCUUCUCGCUCUUUCAGAACAUGGUGUGCGACCUGUGGUCUGGGAUGUGGUCCGCCACAAACCUAGUCGCUGAAGUGGGCGAGCUGUGCUUCUCCGGGAUCUACUCCUGCUCCUCCCCGCUGGUGGGGAGCCUUUUCGGCGCUUGCCAGGAUGGGGUGACCGGAGUGGGUCAACUGGCCAUGGACAGUGUGGGCAUUUUUGGAGGCGUCUUGGACAACGUUUGGUCCGUGUUCAAAUUCUUUGGGGGAACGGCGUGGGACCACAGUGAGGGAUACGUGGGCACGGUUCUGUCAGAGCUGGGUCACCAGGUUAAGACAGUGGGCCUCGGGCUGGGGACGCUGGUCUGGAGGGGGGGCAGAGGACUGGGGAACGUGGUGGGAGCGGUGGGCGGUCUGGCAGGAGGCACAGUGGGCUCAGUAGUAGAAAAUGUGAAAAAUGCCUUUGGAGGAGAGUGAGAGUGUGUGUCCCUGGGUGUGUGUGUGUGUGUGUGUGUGAUAGUGUGAAAGUGCCAUUUUAGAGGAAGAAAAAGCCAUGGCCUUGAGGGAGGUUCCAAUGUAGUGUUAUUGCUCUGUGCAUGGAAAUAACAGCUUAAUUGACACAAACGAUGAAGGCAACAUGGUGUGUGUGUGGUGAUCCCUUAAAGCUGCUGUAUGCGAUUCUAGCACACCUUCCUAACUCCUACCUGACGUGCUACCAGUGCAGGGGUCCAUGCCCUCCUUUCAGUGUGCUAUACACAUGCAAAAUAUUCACCACCAGACAGAUAAUAAUACCAGUCAUUUUGGACGUUUCUUGAUUGAUUGAUUAAUAUAUUGACACAGAAUUGAAAUGAUUGGUUUCUGAUUACAGACAGUUUUUUUCUGAUUAUCUGUGUUGCUAAUGGCUGUCAGAGUGUCCAGCUGGCGUAAGUAUUAUAACAAAGCAUCACUUACAGUAGUUUUAUGAGCUGUUUUAGGGUGAGGUUUCAUAACUAGAUCUUAGUGUGUUAGGUUGAGAGGGGGCUUGAGUUGCACGGGGUGUUGGGUCCAAACGAAUGUCAUCUUCAGGGUAUACAGUUCAGUCGUUGCACUAUAAUUAACGUUGCUUGCUUUAUUUUAUUGGUGAAAAUGGUUACAUGUUUUUACUAAUCCUAUUCAUGCAAAGUGAAAGGGGAAUAGUGUGUUUUCCUUAUGCUUCCUCAAGGAAAAUGUGGUUUGGGGGAAGUUGUGUUGUUCAGCUACGUCUAUGUAUGACUGUAUUCCAUGUCUGUCUCAAUAAAACCAGUUUACACCAG